AUGAAGUUCCAACAAACAAUUCUCUCAAUGUCCUUCUUACUUCUCCAACUUCCAUUACUAGUUGUUGAACCCUCAUCUUUCAAUGACAGAAACAUAACAAGUCAUACUUCUGUCAUCAACAAAAUGAGAGAUUCAUCAAACACUUCUAUGGUCGGCAACAUUAUAAGAAGAGGUUCAUCUAUUUCUAUUGUUGGGGAUAUUUGUUCUAGUUAUUGGCCUUCUUCUUCUUGUAAUGUUGGUUUUGGAUUCUACAAACUAUGUUCUUCACAAGAUGGUCCUGAUGAAUUUGUAGUUGGUAUAAGCUUUUUCAAGCCUCGAGUUGCAACCCUUGUUUGGUCAACGAAUCGUUACUAUUCUAAACCAUCUUCAGUUCUCAUCACCAACGAAGGAAAGUUUGUGCUCAGGAUGAAGCCAGAUGACAAAGAGGAGCCUCUAAUACCCAACAUACAAGAACCAGUGGCAUUUGCAAUGAUGCACGAGAAUGAAAACUUUGUACUUUAUGGUUCAGAGUCUCAAAUCGUUUGGCAAAGUUUUGAUUAUCCUACGCACACCGUUCUUGGCGGUCAACAAUUAAGAGCUGGGUUUGAUCUUGUCUCUAAGGGAAGCAGAUUAUCAGUUGAGGAAAUCAGUGGUUCAGUGGAAAUACAUGCGCAAAGUUCAGAAAGUGUACGUGUAUCUAUAAUAUCAGAUGCACUACUUGAGGGUUCACUGAGGAGGCUAAUAUUCCUAAGUUUAAGCACUACUGGUGAUCUAUAUCUUUCUGGUUCUGAUGGCGUCGUUCUUAAAUAUAUUUAUCUAAACAAGAAUCAUCAACAAAGGCAACAAGGAGGAACAAGUAUUGUGAAGGAGGAUGAUUAUUUGUAUAUGGCAAGACUAUCUUCAUAUGGGUAUUUUAUGUUGGAGUAUGUGGCUCGAUAA